AUGCAUAGACAUAAUGCAGAUCACAAUAAAAACCGAACAACUGAACCGCAGCCUGAACUAGAAAGUCAGUUUAUUCUACGUUUACCAGAGGAACCAGCGAAAGUAUUAAGAGAAAUUAUUCAAGCGGGAUUGCCUCUGAAAGAUAGGUUGACGGUGAAGAUUGAAAAUGACAUGAGAUAUGGAGAAGUUAGAAAAACUCUGAAAAAAAAGUAUGUAGAAGCUCCAGAAAUCGAGAAGGAGGUCAAAAGAUUGUUGAGGGUUGAUAACGACGCUGUUGACGUUAAGUGGGAAGUUAUCUGCGAGGAUGAAGAUAGCACGAAGCCUAAUAAAAUAUCUAAUUCGGGCACUGUUAAGGGUAAACGAGAUGCAAGUGGAUCAUCUCAAAAUGUCGAUGUUGCUGAGCAUCUCAUUUUCGGUGAAGCUGUUAGUGACAGCGAGGAUGAGGAUGAGGAAACUAAUAUCAAUGUCGAAUUAGAUGAAACUAGCCGCAUAUCCGCGGAUAGUCGUGUCUCUGAUUCGAAUUCGAUGCAGGUCGGUUUCUCCGAACGUUCUGGACAAGACACUAAUACUUGCAGUGAAUUGCUGACGGAAUUCAGUAAAGAUAUGUUCCCACCACAGAUUCCUUAUGAUCAAGAAAACAAACCUAACGUUGAAGAUGUUCAAAAAAUACCCAAAAUUGAAGAUUUUCAUUCGGAGUACAUUAUUCCAGACGAUUCAUCGCCCUCAAUGUCUACCAAUAAAGGCUCACUAUCUUCACGUUUAGUCAUCCUUCACAAUGAGCUAGCGGAUAUUCGUCAAUGUAAACAGCAACAAGAGGCCGAAAUAGCAAAUCUGGAUAAUCUUAAUUUGCGACAGAGAAUUCAAGAGAUUUUGGACAAUCUUGGGAUGCAGGAAAAACAAAAAAUGCAAGAGAUCCAUGAUUUAGAACUUCAGAGUAAGUACGCGAUUGAAUAA